AUGUUUACGGGAGAACCAGAGAAAAUAAGGGUAGCAAGAGCAGAUUUCUGUGGUAUAGUGGGCAUCCCUGUCUUUAGAAAAAGAGACUACAAUCCAACCACAAGUACAGGGUCUACAGGAAGUGACACAGAUGCACUAAAGGGCGCAGAAGGUGGUGAAAACUGUCCUGUAGUUCUCUUUACCCACACCUUUGAGCAGGGGGUUGAAGUGAAAGUCGCUCAUGGAAACAUCACAACUCUGAAAGUGGACGCCAUUGUCAAUGCAGCAGAUGCACAUUUGAAGCAUGUAGGUGGGGUAGCAAAGGCCAUUGUACAGGCGGGAGGAUACAUCAUACAAGAGGAAAGCACAGAAAAGGUGAAGAAAAGAGGUAUUCUCAAGCCAACAGAAACAGAGAUCACUGGAGCAGGUAGUCUACCAUGUAAGAACAUCAUACAUGCACAUGGACCAAGAUGGCAGGGGGACAGCCAAGCCAAGCAGUGUACAGACAUGCUGACACAAACCUGCGUCAACAUUUUAAAGGCUGCAGAGGGACUGAAGGCAGAGUCUGUUGCCAUACCAGCAAUCAGUUCAGGUAAAUAUGGCAUGCCAAAGCAUCUCUGUGCCCAGGCUCUGCUGUCAGGUGUAAUUGAAUACAUCUCCAAGAAACAUGCACCAACCUGCAGUCUGAAUGACAUCUGGUUUAUUGACAUGGCUGAAGAAACGAUUGAAGUGUUUGUAGAGGUAUUUGCUACCGAGAUAUCUAUGCUGCAAUCACCAAGUGGGUAUGGAAAGGGGAAAUUCCAACCUACUGUAAAGCAAAAUAGAAAAGCAAGCCAGUCACUAGUGAUAAACCCACCGCAAAACAAGACCUAUGCAUCUUCUGCUGCAACAGGAUUCAGUAAGACGAUGCCAUUUCCAGGAAGUGGUCAUCCGCACAGAAAUGACACAAGCCAGGUUCGUGCUCGUCUUGCCCCGAGGAUGGUGUUAGGCUUUGCUCAGAAGGUGAUUCAGGACAGAAGCAGCCUGCAGGAAUACAUUGGAGCCACGGGUGGUGGAAACGAUGGUACAAAAGCUAGGACGACUACCAGGGACAGAACGUCAGGACAGCCAAACACUGGAAAGAAGGAUGGAAAUGUUGGGGGGAAACUGAUAGGAGACCAACCAGAAGGAAGUAUGAGAAUUAUCUACAACAGACUACUGAAUCUUGCUGGCUAUAAGCAAACUGGGGCCAUCAUCAUCGACUAUACCUUUAAAGGCGGAAUACAAGGGUCAGAGCAUCCCAACCCCGGUAAACCUUACACAGGAACACGUCGCACAGCGUACCUCCCUUACAAUGCUGAUGGAAUGAAAGUGCUGGGUCUACUGAAACAGGCGUUUGAACAGAAGCUGACCUUCACCAUUGGAGCAUCUUCAACAUCAGGACUCAGUGACACAGUGGUCUGGAAUGACAUUCAUCACAAGACCUGCACACAUGGAGGACCAGACAUGCAUGGCUACCCUGAUCCUGGCUAUCUGAAAAGGGUGACAGAGGAGUUGGCUGCCAAGGGCAUCAAGUAGUCAAGGCAGUUGCCAAGUCAUACAUACUGGAAGCACUUGACAAGUUAUUGUUUUCAAAAUCACUAAAGAAAACAGUGCUGUAGAUAAGAAGUGAUACAAAUAACUCUGUAUACCAUGAGGAAAUGCUCCUUUUUAAUGUCUUUGAAAACGUGAUUAACAUUUGUAAAGGAUAACUUUCAUUAUUAUAAUUGUCCUUUUAAACUUAUUGCUUGUUUAGAAUCUUUAGGUUACUGCUAUAAUGUGCUCGAACAUGUUGAUGGCUAUAGAUCAUAAGCUACAAUGUUGUGAUCAUAACGUUAUAUACAUUUGCUUUUAUCAAAGCGUGCGAACUUAAUGCAAAGUGUAAGCAUGUCAGUUUGUUAUGCUAAU